CUACGCGAUGUGGAUAUGGGAAAUACGGUAUCUGGGUCGCAAUGGGUGGCUAGAGUUGCAUGAACGUGGUGGGUAGGUCCACCCGGUUUUGUUGGACAAUGACACCCUACACCGGAAGCCCCUUCCUCUCUCUUAGUCGCCAAGUUAUCAGAGUCAUCAGAUGUUACAUUACACCGGUGGAAGCCGAAAACGAGGAUAAGCUCAAACUCCGACUUCAUCAUGUCGAUCUUGAACGUUCGAACGAUUCGCUAAGUGACACGUCGCUCUAAGUCGUCCCUCAUCGACCUACUGAUUCCUAGAAUACGUCUAAGAUGGUAUUACCUGUAAUCCCUGACCUCCCGGACAAGAUGUCAGAGUUCUGGGAUGAUGUCGAAAGCAUGACAUCCAUAUGGAAGGCACUCGCGCCUUGGUUCAAGGACCGGGGCUACAUCCUCUAUCCCAGAGAAUCAUUAUGUGCAGUUCCAUCGUCCGGUUUAUCCGCAUAUCAACUUUCCGGAAAUCCUGUGAAGUUUCCAUACGCAUACGCCUCGGAGACGAGGCUUGCCUCGAGAGUCAUGCGUAUGGCACGGCCUUGCAUAUUUCCAGCAGUGGAUAAGAAUCGUCGCGACGUCAUCGUGAAAUUUCUCUUUAAUGACGCCGAGAAUACACACGAAGUUUCCAUCCUCAAACAUCUCAUAUCGGAAUCACUGCGUUCAGAUCCCUUGAACAAGGUCAUUCCAGUCUUCGAUGUCCUAACGUAUGAUGACAGAUACUCGUUCGUUGUAAUGCCAAGGUGGGGAUCAGCCUAUAGUCUACAUUACUGCGGUUUCGACUGUCUUGGAACCGCUUUCAACUUUGCUUCAUGUCUACUCAAGGCAUUAGCGUUCCUACACAAGAACCUCAUUGCGCACAGAGACAUCCGUUUGGACAAUGUGCUGGUAAAUGUCUACGGCAAGGACCAGCUGAUGUUCGACUAUCGUCCCUUCUUGUCGUCUAGACAGGCCGACUUUGUUCUCUGUGACUUCGGCGUAUCCAUCAUGUUCCCGCCAGAUACGCCUCAAGCUGAGCGAAUGCGUCCGGUUUCUGAGAGUGAGUUAGGUUCAUAUCAAUACCAUCCACCGGAUGCCGCGAAUGGUCAAGCUAUGUACGAUCCUUUUGCAUACGAUGUGGCGUGUCUGGGAGGACUGUUCUGUGAGCAUAUGACGACUCUUGUCCCUUCCCUAGCCCCUUUUCUCGAUCGUAUGAUCACAUCGGACAUCGCUAGCCGUUAUACAGCGAGUGAAGCUCUGGAGGCAUUUACUCAGUUAUAUGAGGACCUUGCGCCACAUUACCUUGGUACACCUGCGCCACCUCCUCCACUGUACGGCACUGUUUUGUGGCAAGGUCAGGAUCGAUGGGCUGGCCUUCCGGAAGACUUCGUAAGUGAGCAUACUAGCCACUACGCUCCUGCGAAGCCGAAAUAUAAAGCUAUAAAUCUGGACGGCACAUCAUGUUUCCUCGAUAUAGAUACUCCCAAUUAGUAUACUUUUGCUAUGUACGAGCAUCAAAUGUACUACAUUUACUGUAGAUAAUGAAAAUUACACUACGGCUGAAUAUGUUCCAUAUCUCCCGUCCAGGGCCUGAGUCAUUUAAGCAGAUGUCCCUUCCGGCCAAGGAAAGACUGACUUAGUCCUUCACACCAUUACUAACUUGUUUGUCCAUUGGAAUACUCUCCGCCCAAGUGCCUAGAGCGUAAUACAUCCGACUGUUGUCC